ACACACACGCGCGCGCGCAACACACACACUCGUUCAUCAUCAAUUAUGUGGCCGUGCCGCCGACGACGGAUCAUGUAUUAUAGUAGUAGUGCCCGAAAUACGUAUCGCGCGUCGUUGUGUUUAUUGUGAAUAUCAUGUUAUGUUGUUGUUAUCGGCCACGCUAAUUGCCGUCCGUGUAUCGUUGUGCGACGGCGAUGUUAUUGUCCGAACUACCGCGACAUUAGUGCCGGGUGCCGCCAUCGAAUUAUCGCGAUCGUCGUCGUCGUCGUCGUCGUCGUUGUUGUUAUUAUUACUAUUAUUAUUAUUAUUAUUAUGUAACGGAAUCGGAUCGCCGGACUCUACUGCUGGCAUCGUGCAAGAAACGGUAGCUGACAAAAUUCAACUAGAAAAAUAAAUCAGAAUAAAAUUCGAUUCUAGGUGGCUAAAGCGUAAUUGAAUGUAUGGUGUGUGCUGCAGACUGGAAGGCACCGUGGAUUCUAUACCACAGGGCCUAUUAGACGGCCGCCCUGCCAGUUCAGUGCUCCUCACUCAUCAUCAGUAUCAACAAUUACAACACAUACAAGCACAACAAGAACAAGCUGCUGCAGGAGGAUUAACAUUAACACUUCAUCAUCAAACUACAGGUACAGGAAAUAAUAGUGUACUUGCAGGAGGACCUCAAAUAGUUCUUGCAAGUUCUCAGGGGCAAGGCAUAACAACUUUCCCAACUGUUACCACACAACAAGCUGCAACAUUACAUCAACAUACAAGUUUUCAACAAGUGCUUCAUCAACAUGUUCAGCACUCCAACAUUCUUCACUCAACAAGCAUACGACAGAUGGGUGCCCAACAGCACACAUCUGGUACAAUGGUUCAACAACAACAGGCUACAGCAAUAUUGGAUACUACUAACACAAAAUGUAUACCACAAUCACCUUCAUCACCAUUCUCUUCUCGAUCACUUACUCCCUCUCCCCAACAGAGGGUUAUUACACCCCAACCACAAGUUAUCCAUCAGAUGAUGAGUACUAAUGGGCCGGUUUUACAAUUUAUUCAAUCAAAUAGUCGAAAUAAUGUAAAUAAUGUUCAAGUAAAAAAUAAACCGCCCCAAAUAUUACCUAAACCUAAUAAUCAUGUACAGAACCAUGCUAGUAUUAACAGCAUUAAGUCACAACAAACACAUCAUUCAACUUCAAUACAUAGUCAACAACAAGGUGCUUUCUUGAUAAAUCAAAUUAUGCCAACUGCUGGUGUAAUAGUUGGUCCACAAACAACUAGUGGCCUUCAGCUUUUUCUCAGAUCCCCUAAUACUCAAAACCAUAAUACGCAACAAGCUCAAGUCACUUGUAAUGGUACUCAAAUUUUACUUCAACAACCUAGACAACAGUCAAACCAAGUUGUGAGGUUGGUAAGUGGCCAAAGUGUCCAAUUACAACAAAUUCAAACAUGUUCUGGUCCAGCAUUAGUUGCAUUAUCACCUCAAUCCACUAUCACACAAUCACCAAAUAAUAGGUCAAUGAAUAUUAAAAAAAAGAAACCAAAAUUGCAUUCAAGGUCACAAGAUGAUGAACCUGUACGAUUAGACCUUGCAAAUCUAAUCAAAUUGUCUGGUAUUGAUGAAGAAGAAUCUGGUACACCUAUAAUGCAACAAAAUCAAUUAAAUCAAAAUAAUAGAAUACAACAAACUCCAACUCCCCCUCCACAAUCUCAUCAACAAUCUGCGCCUUUAUUAGCUCAAUUGCAAACUCCUACUUCUUCACCUCAAGGAGGUUUUCGUUUGUCUUUAGUAGAAGAUGGACGUAUGAUUGUACAUCAACCACAGAUAACCACUAAUACGUUAACUCAGAAUGUUUCUGCAAGUGUUGCUGCUGCAGCUCAGACACAGUUAGCUCAGUUAGUUGCUGAUCAUGGUGGUCACAUUCUUCAAAAUGCUGUUCUGAGUGUGGCUGGUGCUGAAUCAUUACUUCUAAAAGGAGGAAAUACGACGUUACCCACCCAACCACAAAAUGGCUCUGGCAUGCGUAUUUUAGCAGAUGUCUCUGGCCGUCUUCAAAUUGUAACUGUGUUAGAACCUCAAUCGUUACAACAAAAUAUUAUUAAUGGCCAACAUUUGAUGUUUCCCACCACUGGUACUCCUGUAAGUGUUGAAAAUCGACAAAAUCAUCAACAAUUUGUUAUGUCAACGCCUGUUGAGGAUCAAAAUAAAGUUAUGCAGCAAAAUAACAGUAUUCGAGUAAUGCAUAGCAGUAGUACAAUGGUGUCAAGUUUAGACCAUCAACAAAGUAGUAGCAUUCAACUUGUUUCUAACAUGAUGGAUAGUCGGCUGUUAGUAGCAGCUAAUAAUGAUUCUUCAAGAAGUAAUGAUAUUUUAUUUAAUGAAGAACAAAACCGAUUGCAAAUAGUUACUAAUUCUUCUACAUUAAAUAAAAAUGUAGAAUUACAAAAUCAAACUCCAAUAAUUCAUACUUCAGAAAGAGUUAUGCAAACUUCAAUAUCAAGGUCUAAAACCGUACCAGUAUCUUCCCAUAGUCCUAGAAGUAUUCAAUCUGUGAUAAGUCCUCAAUGUAGCCCAGCUAUGUCUCAUACCUCUAGAAGUAAUUCUAAGAGUCCUGCCUCUUAUAAUUCUCCUAUACCAUCACCAAAUGUUUCUCAAUCAUUUACACCAAUGUUGCCAAAUCGACCAAAUUUAACCAUUGUAACAUCACCACAGCAAAAUAGUAUGCAGUUUUCAAAACCAUGCGCUGCUGUUAUAUCACAAUCAAAUGAUAAUCAUACAACAUUGUCUAAUUAUCAAACGUCUGUAAUCAAUAGAACAAAUAACAGAAGUCCAUUAGCAGUUUCAUCAAAAAUAUUUAGACCAAGUAGUCCACCUAAAGCUUCUGUUCCUUUAGAAGUUCAAUCCCAAAAUGCGUUUUUAGAUAGUAUUGCCCAAUCUCAUCCGAAUAUUUUGAUCAAUAAAACUAUGGUUGUUCCACCAUGUGCUAAUAAAGCUCCUAUUAAACCAAGAAAAGUGAAAAGAGCUGCUGUUGUGAAACCAAUGGUAUUUCAAUGUGAUGAAAAAGAGAAAGAACAUCAUGAUACACCAGUUCCAUUGAAUUCACCAGAGAGUAGUAUUUCAAAUCAAAGGGUAAAAACAAUACAACUUACACCACAAAAACAACAGUUGUUAAAAGCAGUUCAAAAUCAAAUAUCUGCUCUGAGCGCUAAAAAAUACCGUACAAGUAGUGAACAAACUGCUUUACAAAGAUUGUUUAAUGAACAACAAAAAAUUUUACAAUGUGGCAAAAUUGUUCCUACUGUUUCUGGACAAAAUUCACAAGGAAUAACCUAUGUAUCUACACCUGUAAGAUUAGUGCCUCCACCUUGUCCAAUGUCAUCAAGUCCACCUCAUACCUUGUCGCCCCCUCUUACAGUGCAAACAUUAACUACUGCAUCUCCUCCAACUAGUAAUAAAUCAACAUCUCCCUUACAUGUACAAGUUGGAACUCAAACAUCUUGUGAACCUUCCCCAACUCUUCCUGCAUUUAGUGCUUCAAAACGAAUAUCAUUAAUUUCUGAGCGGAUAGCAGCUGAUCAAUCUGGUGCAACUAAUCCUGAUGUCGUGACGCCUUUUAGUUCAGUGAGUGAUGCUGUAAAACGAUUAUCACGUUAUCAUUGCUUAAAUGAAGCCGUAUUAUCUGAAAGAGAUUUGGAGUUAGCUGAUGAAAUAUUUGAGUCAACUGCGAAACAAAUGUUAGAUAAAAAAGCUUCAUUAUUUAAUAAAUACCGUUACCUAUUAUUUAAAGAAAGCAUGAGGGAAGUACAAACAUCUGAAUUGAUUAUGUUGGGACGAAGAUUUGAUGCUGAUGAGUCUGCACAAUUACAACAGUUGAAACAAAAUUUGAAUACAAAUUUAGUUGCUACUUCUACAAGUUGUAAUGAUGAAUCCGUAUCUAAAAAACGUGAACACCAACUGGAGGAUGAGCAGUCUACAUCAGAUAGCAAACGUCAUUGCCCUGAUGAUGAAGAAAUAAAUGCACAGGUGCAAAACGCCAUAGACAGUAUUUUGAAUUUGCAACGCAGUGAUCCGGCAACAGAUGAAGCGGUGCGCAGCAUUUUACCGUCCUAGCAUACUGGUCAUAGGAAAUGUUUGACCACAGCGUGAACAUUACAAUAUUGGUUCCUCAGUGUACGGAUUUCCUAAACGUGGUUUUGGUAAUAUUUGACUGUGUUAAUUUAAUUUUUUCCUUUCUUUUUUAUAUAGAUAUUUU